AUGGCCACUUCAUCUGAGGCUCUCUCUGCUGUUGAUCAAACUGGUUCCAAUGUGAUGCUCAAUAUCAAACUCAACCAGAAUCGGAGUCCGGAUCUUGAUUCCCCUGAAUAUGCCGAUUUUCUAAAACCCUUGAGAGAAUGUCUUCACUACUCGCCUUUGGCUCAAGCCUUAUCCAUGGCUAAAAGUCUGCUAAAGUUUCCUGCUUCUGCUGAUCAUGUUGAUCCUGAAACAAUUUCCUCAUCAUCAAUUCUUGAAAUGUUCUAUCAGAUGGGAUAUCUUGAGAAUCUGGCUCUUCUGUCCAAGUUCAUAAAGCCAAAUAUUCCAUCGGUGUGGAAUGGUCUUUUUAUGUUAUUCUUCAAAAGCUUUUUUGAAAGAGUCAUCGGGUCUGACAGUGCUAACAAGCUCUUUUGCACACUCAUCUAUGGUCUUUACAAGGGGAUUAACCUAGAUUAUAGGUCUGUUCUUUGGGCACAGCUAGUUCAGAGCACCCUUUCUUCAUCGAGGCAUUCAAAGAUCUCCUGUGCAAGAUUUUGGUCAGUUAUUGUAAAAAGGGAUAUUGAUUGUCUUCACAUUCAAGUAAAUGAAAUUUUUGUUCUUGCUACAAUCCCGGUUUUGCACACUUCCAACUUCAUGGUUUCUGAUCACACCAAAUUCAGCUUUGUUGGUUCAAUUCCCGAAGCUAUGCUCAACUAUGUUCCAAUAAAAAUGUGCUAA